AUGGCCACGAAACUAGCAAAAGACAUCACCCUCAAGAGCUCAUCCACUACUAUGCCAAAACUCAUCUACGGUACAGCAUGGAAGAAGGAAGAGUCAGCUGACCUUGUUCAUACUGCUCUGCGAUAUGGGUUCCGCGGGGUCGACACAGCUGGCCAGCCCAAGCAUUACAACGAAGAAGGUGUAGGGCAAGGUGUACAAAGAGCUAUCAGAGACGGCAUCAUAAAGCGUGAAGGGCUAUUUAUCCAAACUAAAUAUUCGCCCCCGGCCAACCAAAAUGAAAACGCACCUUAUGAUUUCGAUGCACCAAUUGUUGAUCAAGUUCAUCAGUCUGUGCAGUCUUCACUUAAGUACUUCACAAUCGAGGGCGAGGAACCCUACUUUGACUGUGUACUUCUGCAUACCCACCUGAGAACCACGGAUGAGACUAUCACGGCAUGGAAGACUCUGGAAACCUACGUGCCCCGCCAGAUUCGCAAUCUGGGUAUCUCCAACACCAAGCUUCCAGAUCUCCAAGCGCUCAACGAUACAGUCACCGUGAAACCAAGCAUUGUCCAAAAUUCCUUUCACCCGGACACGAACUUCGAUGUAGAGCUCAGAGCUUACUGUCGACGGCAAAACAUUGCGUUCCAGUCUUUCUGGACAAUCACCAGUAAUCCGAAACUCGUUGUCAGCAAGCCUGUCAGGGUGAUCGCACAAAAAGCCGGUGUUGCCCCUGUGGCGGCACAUUAUGCUCUUAUUUUGUGUCUUGAAGGCAUUGCAGUUCUGGAUGGAACGACAAAGGAAAGUCACAUGAAGGAUGAUCUUGAGGGGAUUGAGAAGGUUGCUUCUUGGGCGGAGGGGAGUGGCGCAGAUGAGUGGGCUUCUGCUCUGGCUGAGUUUAAGCAAAGUAUCGGGGAUGCUUGA